CACAGACGUAUUGUUGAUAGAUACAAGUGCAACGCUGACGUGGCUUUCGUCGAAUGCGGAUUGCAUCAUUCAAAGUGGGUAUUUUAUUUAUGCAGAGGAAAGGAUGUUGAACUUGAAAUCUGCAAAGGUGAAGCGAAUCAUUCACGAAAUAUCGCCAGAAAUGCGAAAGCGACAAGCAAAAAGGCAGCAAAGCACACGGCGGCGGAGAAGGCCGUAUCGUUUCUCCAAAGUGAAGGUAUGAUGUUUAACUCCAUAAUAAACUCCACAAUACGGCCACCUGAUGAAUCGGAUACUCGAUCGGAUAUUAUCGAAAAUAAAGUCGGGGAGCUAAACGAAUUUUGCUCGAGGAAAGGAUUAAGUUAUCCGAUCUAUGAGUUUGAAGAGCAUCUCGGACUGUUUACGGCGAGGUGCAAACUUCUCACUGAAGAGGCAGAUGGAAAAGGAAAAACAAAAAAGGAAGCGAAACAAGUUGCAGCAAAACGCAUGCUGGAAAUCGUAACAAGUGGCAGCAGUACAAUAGAAGCACUAACCAGGACCGCUCGAUUGUCUUCUCCGACAGCAUCAGUCUCCGAAGAAACACCAGGGCAAGAUCAGAUGAUCAUCGAGUUAUUUAAGAAAUUAUCGUUUAAAACGGAAACAAGUCUGAACGGUGACACCAAAUUUGCCACCCCUAAGAAUCUAACGGCGGAUGAAAUUGAUUUAUUAAUAGAGGAAGCCCGCGACGGGCCGUCUUUAGAAAAUUUGCUAGCCAACUUAGGGGUGGAAUAUACGAUAUCUAAGUUUCAAAGGGAUCCACUAAUUCUGUGCGUAGAGACCAAAUCUAACAAGCAUCCUUCGUUCACGUUCCUGCAGCACGGUACCACCGAAUCCGAGAUUAAGGUGAAGCUUCUCAAGCUUGUAGUGGAUGCGAUCGCCGUUCACCUUUAGAGAUUUAUGUACAUAUCCUCUCUUGUCGCAAUAAUGUUAAGAUAUAAGGCUCGCCUGCAGAGAAUGUCGAUCACAGAACACUUGAUCUCUGUCUACAAUCGUAUUUUUCAUAUUAAACCAUAGGUGAGCCUAAUAAUAUUGAAACGAUGUAUUAAAUACGUAAAAGAAAAAUUAUAAGGCUGAGAUAUUUAUUGUGUCGAAAUUUUAUACUUUGUUAAUAAAGUUUAAGAAAUU